GUGCCUGGCUCAGAAACUUCGUCCCCCGGUGUGGUGCUCCGCUCUUGUUGCAGCGGAGCCACCAGGCCGAGUUUCAGCCCAGACAUGAAAACCUACACGCACCUCUGUUUCCCCUUGAAUUGAGGACCAAGCCUCCUUUGCACUGCAAAAUAACCCACCAGGCGGACAUGUAAAGCUGACAACGACUUGGUCCACUAUAGCUGCUCCGCAGUUCACGAGCAAAGGCAGACAACGGAGCGAAUCUCUGUCUAAUCACCAUGCCAUCGCCCAUACACACGACAUACUCUCCAACACGACCGUCCCGACCUCAGCCUACCCGCGAGAACCAUCCGUCCCACGUGGCCGCGCCCUCACAUCGACCUCGACUCACGUCCCCUCGCGCUCACAGACGCCCGGCCCCACCACUACGCCUAGAGUAGCGGCGCAUGCCGACGCGGCUGUAGCUGCGGGAGGCGUAGGAGGAGGAGGAGCAGCAGCAGGAGUAGGGCCGCCACCACCACCACCACCACCUCUGCUCGAGCGCAAACUCUCGGGCUCGUAUGGCCAUCACCGGCAGACAUCGAUCGUGCACGGUGCCAUCCAGCAUUCACGGAACGCGAGCCACGCGAGCUCCCCAACCACAAGCCCAAUCACUCCUCAGAUCAUUGCUGAAGCGGGCGGACAGGCCCAGCAUGCGUUCGACACGAGGACCAUGACCAGCGACAGCAGCAUCGGCGUUGGGGUGACGACACCGACCUCAGCGAACGCCGUCGUCAUGCAGAGCAACGGGUACGGGGCCAUGGCGCCACCUCCCGUCAGCCAGAAGGGCCACUCGCCGUGCCCAUCGUUUGGGCAGGAACCCGCAAUGCAGAGCGGCACCGCGAACUACCGGCGACCAGAGCGGAUGCACAGCAGCGGUCGCACGAGCAGAUCCCACAAUCAUACGCGCAGUCAGUCGAGGAGCGCCCACCCACAGGCGCCGGCGCAGGUCAUGGUCAGCGAGUAUGCGCUGCACCACCUGUUCAACGCCUUCAUUGGCACGGCGGAGCAGAAGAUCAACCUGUGUCUGAGCGACGCGCGAGCCAUCGAGCCGAGGGUGGAGACCAUAUGCGGGCCCGGCGUCGACCCGGCCUUUGACCAGCUCGUGUCGGCCUUGGGCCACAUUGCGAGACAGAAGCCGAAGCCCCUCAUCGACAGUCUGAUGCUGUGGCGCAAGCAGAAGAGCGAGGCCGCCAACGCCGCGAGGGACGAGCGAGCGCAGGCGUUGAAGAUGCUGUCCACGACGAACGCGGCCGGCGCCGAGGCCAACGUGGCGCUGCACCGCAAGUGUCAGGAGCUGGAAAGGAGGUCCACGAUAUCCAUCUAUCUGCUCUGCCGCGUCCUGCUCGAGAUCUUCUCCGUCUGCACGCUGGCGGACGUCGGCCCAGACAUGUCCGACCGGCUGCAAGACAUCAUCUACAAGCAGCUGAGUCGCGCCUUGCCCGACGAGCUCGAGUCCUCGCCGUUCCGGCAGUCGAACUGGGUCAUUUUUGGACAGCUGCUGGGCUCCAUGAGCGAGAUCGACUUCGCCAACGUCACCGCCCGGUUUCUGCAGGACCUGGAAUCCAUGCAGAUCGCCACGGCCAAGGAGCCCGAAGGUCGUGCCGUGCUCGUCAUUCGGGGCAUGCGCUGGCUUCGCGUCAAGUCUCAGCCGGACGUCGCCUGGAACCAGUCGUGCGAGUUCAUGAUCAACCUGGCCAAGAUGUCCGUCAGCGCCUCGGGCCAGCCAGUCAAGUACGCCUUCAACAACCUGUUCAGGGAGCUGCUGCUCCCGCUCGCGGCCACGGCCACCUCGGAACUCAACACGCCGCGUUGGCGGGGCUUCAUCGAGAUCAUAAAGCCGCGCCUGCAACACGCGCUCACCAAACCCAAGAACUGGAGCAACGCUUUCCCAGCGCUGGUCGCCGUUGUGUGCGCCUCUCCGCACGAGAUCUUCGUGCAGUCGUGGAUGUCGCUCAUCAUGCCUCUGCAGUCCAAGCUCAAGGAACGCAGCACGCGGCCCUCUGCCCUUCGAGGCAUCUGCCGUCUCGUCUGGACCUACCUCUACCGCAUUGCCGACACGCAGUCCGUGGCGCUGCGGAACCUGCAAGAGAUCACCCGUCUCGUCUUCAUACCUGGCCGCAAAUCUUACAUAUCCACCGAGCCCGCGGUCGCCGAGCCGCUGAUCCAGCUCGUGCGCAUCAUUGGCUACAAGUACCAAAAGUUCUGCUUCGAAAACAUCCUGUUUCCCGCGCUGAUGAGCUCCGAGCUCUACGCCAGCGGGAAGGAGCCGAGGAUGAUCGAUCUGGAGCCCGAAAAGGUGGUCAUCGGAAUCCGAUCGUUCCUCGCCAUCAUGACGGACCUGGAGAAGGGCCAGCCUCCGCCGUUUCCCAAAAGCUUCGACAGCGACCCGUCGCUGGAGCCCUUCCAGGUGUCGUCCAUGCCCCUGAGCCCCCGCAGCGUCGACCCGACGUCCACGACGUCCGAGCUCAGCAAAGAGGAGCGCCUGUCGAGGCCCGUCAUGGUCUCGGGCUUCGACAGCGUCACCAAGGAGUCGUACAACAAGUUCUGCAAGAUCCUCGCCGAGAUCACCUUGCUCUGCGACAAGCACUUUGGCGGGCAGGCCGAGCUCGACGGCCGCUUCGCCACGCCUACGCCCAAGACGCCGAUGGCGGAAGCGUUCAGCUUCACCAGACGCGAGGAGCACGCCACGCCCGCCGAGGUGCGGCAGACGUACUACGACCUGCUGCACGUCGCCGUCCAGGCCUUGCCGCGCUGUCUUUCCCCUCACAUCUCUUUCAAGUCGCUCAUCAAUCUUCUCUGCACCGGCACCGCCCACGUCCAGGGCAACAUCGCCGCCUCCUCCGCUCAGUCGCUCAAGGCCAUUGCGCGACAGUCGUUUGCCCAACAGGUCACCGUCGGCUUCGCGCGCUUCAUCUUCAACUUUGACGACCGGUACUCGACAAUGUCCGACGGCGGCAUGCUGGGCCCAGAUCACAUCGAGAGCACGCUGCGCCUGUACAUCGAGCUGCUGGAGAUCUGGAUCGAGGAGAUCAAGCAAAAGACCAAACGUGUGGCACCCGCAGAAGGCGGCGACGAGACCGGAGCCACGCACCGAGGCGCCCAGCUCGACCUGGCGGGCGUUUCCGCGCACGUCGACGAGGUCGAGUCUCACGGUCUGUUCUUCCUCUGCUCCCCCGCCUGCAGGGUUCGCACGUUCGCGAUCAGCGUCCUGAGACUGGUCACGGAGUUCGACACGGCUCUCGGCAAGACGAACGAACGCAUCAUACACAUCAUCGAAAAGACGCCCGAGAUGGUGGUCGCGGUCAACGACGAGAAGCUGUCCGUGGCCGAGCGCAGCAGGCUCCAGCGCGGCAUGAGGGCCAGCAAUCUGCAGACGACUCUGAUCGAGCUGUGCGGCAGCGACGUGCCGCACGACGCCGCUCUCUGGCUCAACAUCAUCUUCCCGAACAUCAUUCGUCUCGCCUUCGAGACGUGCCCCUUCGCCGUGACGCUCACUCGCGAGAGCGUGUGCAGCCGCAUCUCGCAGAUGAUGAUGACCAUCUCGAGGCUGGGCGAGGUGCCGCAGGGCAACCCGUACUCGAUGCUCGACCUCAUGGACCGGCAGGGCAGCUCGAGGUUCGCCAUCACGGCACCGGACCUGGUCGUCGAGCAGUGGAAGCUGUACCUCAUCUUCGCAUGCUCGACUCUGACCAACAAGGGGCCCUACCACACGGCUUCGCAGUCGCAGAGCUCGACGCACGUCCGCAAGGGCUCGAAGUCGUCGCAGCCCGGCGUGGACAAGGUCCUGACCGCCAACGAGCUCUUCGCCAAGGUCAUCCCGUUCCUGUGCGUGACGAACCAGAAGAUCAGGGAAGCGGUCGUCGUCGGCCUCGGCUCGAUCAAUCACAGCCUUUACAAGACCUUGCUCGAGUGCCUGCAGCCGGCGGUGGUGAACGGGAACGAGGAGGCAAAGAUCAGGAUGCACCAGCGCUCGAUGAGCAAUCCUCGUCGCAACCGACGGUCGGACCUCAUGCGCACCGAGGUCGCGCACGUGUACAAGAUGACGUCGCGCUUUCUGCACAGCGCCGAGGCGUACAAGGACGAGUGGAUCCUCAACAACCUCGUCAACUACACCAAGGACAUCCGGCUGUUCCUGAGCGACGCGGAGAUCUCCAACGAGUGGGAGUACAACAAGCUGAGGACGCAUUUCUGCGGCCUCAUGGAGGAACUGUAUCAAGGCAUCAUCAAGACUGCCGAUCCGCUGCGGUGGAUGCCGUUUCAGUCGAGAAAGGCGGCCUUCUCCCUCAUGGAGGAUUGGUGCGGCUACUCGCCGAACGAAGAGGUCAUUCGGCAACGCGAGCGACGCUCGAUGCUGGACCGGGACAACGGGUACGGGAACACGCGCUUCUUGGACGCGUCCAUGGAGAUUGAAAAGCGUAACCUCAAGGUCGCGGCGUUGAACGCGCUCGCGACCCUGUGCGCCGGACCGGUCAACUUCACCGCGCCCGGCGGCGUGCAGAUGUCCUUCGACGUUGGCCGGAUGGUCUCGUGGAUUGACACCAUCUUCAGCACCCCGAGCGACAAGACGCACGCCGCGGGCCGUCGCGCGCUCAAGAACCUGAUCAUCUACAACCAGGAGUUCCCGUACUUCCUCAACCGCGCCAUCGAGAUGUGCUAUUGCGCCAAGUCGCCCAAGGCGCUCGAAAGCUACUUCAAGGUCGUGACCGACGUGCUGAUGGAGCGGUCCGACUUUGCCCCGGCGUUUUGGAAGAUCCUCUGCGCCGGCCUGUACACGCUCGGCAACGAGAACAACCAGCUGCGGGUCAAGUCCGUCCGGCUGCUGCGGCUGCUGGAAGAGCGGCAGAACAAGAACUCGAAGCUGCAGGAUCUGGACAUCAGCAUCUCGGACAAGACCAUCGCCGUGUACAAGCGAGCGCAGUUCGAAACGUCGCAGAGGUUGGCGCAGCAGCAUCCCGAGCUGGCCUUCCACGUCUUCUCGGAGUUUUCGCGCUUCUUCAAGGACCUGCAGCCCGAUCACCAGCGGAACAUCGUCGCCGCGAUGCUGCCGUGGAUCCAGGCCAUCGAGCUGCAGAUCGAUCCGAACGGCGGCCCGACCGCGGCGUCGUACAUGCUGCUCGUCAACCUGUUCGAGAUCACCGUCAAGUGCGGGAACGCGCUGCACAACGAGAUUCAGGCGCUGUGGCAGGCCUUAUCCAACGGUCCGCACGCGGGCAACGUGCAGCUUGUGCUCGACUUCAUCAUCACGCUGUGCCUCGAUCGCAAGGAGCAGAACUUUGUCGACUACGCAAAGCAGAUCGUCGUCUACCUGGCCGGCACCCCGGCCGGCUCCAAGGUCGUCGAGUUUCUGCAGCUGCAGAUCACCCCGAAGGCGAUGGUGCUGGAGAAGGACAAGGUGUACAGCCAGGCGCCGCCGCCGGACGCCGCCGGCUUCCCGUAUCUGGCCGACCUCGGCGUCGUCCUUCCGGCCGGCACGAAACAACAAGGCUUCUCGCCUGGGCAGCUCUGCCUGAUCCUGCUCGUCGACCUGAUGGUUGCGCCCAUGAAACUGUCCAAGGAGGCCGUGCCGCUGCUGCUGCACGUCAUCUUCAUCCUCUGGGACCACUACAUUCCGCUAGUCCAGGACCAGGCUCGAGAGAUGCUCGUGCACCUGAUGCACGAGCUCGUCAUUUCUCAAAUCGACGACGGGCCCGAGACGGCGCCCACGAAGCGCUCGAUAGAAAACUUCAUCGACCUUGUGCGGGGAGAGGACGCGAAGGUCGUCUGGGCGUACGAAGACUACAACGGAAAGAAAGAGGACGAUUCCGACAUCCGACUGCCUCCCGCGAUGAACUUUGUCGCGACGGAGGUGAUCAACAUCUUCAGCAUGACGUACCCUUCCAUACGCGAGGACUGCAGCAAGAUGGCCCUCAAGUGGGCGUCCAUCUGUCCCGUGCAUCAUCUUGCGUGCCGGUCGUUCCAGGUCUUCAGAACCAUCUUGGGCUCCCUCGAACAGGUCAUGCUCGCGGACAUGCUGGCGCGCCUCUCGAAUACGAUCGCCGACGAUUCCGCCGAGGUGCAGACGUUCUCGCUCGAAAUCCUCACCACCAUGAAAAAGAUCAUCGACGCGCUCGCCCCCGCUGACCUGAUCCAAUACCCGCAACUGUUCUGGACCACGUGCGCCUGCCUUGACACCAUCCACGAGCGUGAGUUCUUGGAGGCGUUGGCCAUGCUCGAACGGUUUAUCGACAAGGUGGAUCUGAGCGACGAGGUCGUCAUCGAGCGCCUGUCCGAGACAUUCCCCGUCGACAAAUGGUCGGGUCACUUCGACGGCGUGCAGGUCUUGCUCUACAAAGGCGUGCGGUCGAGUGUCUGUCUCGAAAAGUCGCUCAAGGUCCUGGAGAAGCUGGUUGCCUUGCCCUCCACCGCCGUCGUCGGGGACGACAGCCGAUUCCUGUACACGCUGCUGGCCAACCUCCCACGCUUCUUGAGGCUGUUCGAAACAAUGGUCAAGGACCCUGCCACUUUGACUUCCGCGAGCACUCUGGCCCAUGUCGCCAGCGGGCUGGGCUACGACAACCUCGCGGAUCCUUUGGACAAGUUCACGCGGCUGCUUUACGCGAACGACGACGAGUUCCUCCAGGAUCUGAUCCCGGCGCUGAAGACCGUCUACUUUCCCGCUCAGGAAUAUCAGAUCUUGGUUUUCCUGUUCAGCUUGCUGACCAACAAGCUGCCGUGGUUCAAGAUCAAGACGAUGCACCUCCUGUGCGUCAUCAUUCCUCAUAUCAACAUGCGGAAUCCGGAAAUCACGAACCAGGGCAGCGAUCUUCUGAGCCCCUUGCUGCGGCUGCUGCAGACCGAGUUCUGCCCUCAGGCUCUUGCCGUCAUGGACGAGCUCAUGAUGACGAUGACGGCAACGCCGCUCGACAACAAGCAUCUGCGGAUGAGCAUGGCGGGCGCAAACACGUCGCGAGCGCAGAGAAAGGAAUUCGAGAACGUCAAGUCUCUCUACGGCAUCCCCGAAGACUCGGGAUGGUCCAUACCCAUGCCCGCUGCCCACGCCAAGAUGACGCGAGAGAAUGUCCACGCGGUCUUCUACACGUGCGCGACACCGGAAGUCAGUGGCGCCAAAGACGACGAGACGCCCACGAUCGAGCUUGUGUCAGAAGACUAUCCUUUCCCCGAAUGGCGGACCGCAACCAUGAUGAGCGACGACACGAGACAAGUUACAAUAACGACCACUGGCGACCUUGUCGACAAGCUGGAUCAGCUCGACGACUUUUUCAACGACGAAGACGACGACGACACCAGUGAGAUCCACGACACGUUCCGCGAAUCGACGUACGAGCAGCAGACGUUGCCCAUCCUCCACAGAAGCCUCAAGCGCAACGCCAGCGUCAGCAGCUUUCAAACCGGGUUCGGCGAUCCGUACGGCAGCGCCAUCAAUCGGAUUGGCACGAGUGGAAGCGCCGGCGGCAGCGGCAGCGGAGAUGUCCGCAUAUCUCCCAGCAGAGAGGCUAUGAUCAUGACGCCGACCGCGUUCGGUGGGUUCGCCGCUCCGCCGUCACAGUUGGGCACAAGGCCUAUCUUACAUUCGCGGAGUGUCACCUCCCCCACUGCGGUGCCACCCCACAGCGCGGGUCUUGGCAGUUCAGGAACACAAAGUGCGGGCAUGUCGACCUCUCGGUCGACGCUCAUCACCGACGACGGCACCCUCGUCGACGAGCCCUGGGAGGACGAAGAGUUUUCCCCCAGUUUGGGACAUCCAGAGUCAUUCCCUAUCGAAACGACGCUGCGGCCCAGCGUUGGCGGCCGAUUCAGAAGCAUGACCAGGCGAUUGACCGGCGGCAGCGGGGAUCAAAAAGUUCGAGAACAGAUACGGAGGGACUUGCAGAAAAGUCCACAGGUACCGAGGGUGCCUGACAUCUAUGUAAAGGAUCCGAAGAGUUCGGAGCUCUGAUCGUUUGAAUGCUUUUUAUUUUGUAUCCGAAGGAAGGACGGUGCGAAAGAGCGAGUCCGUUUUAUUUCCCCUCCCAUUUUUUUUGGGGGCGGUUUUCUUUUUUUUCUUUAUCUUCCCUUGCGGCUGUACCCUUCGCGCUCUCGUUCUUAACCUGUAUUGGCAUGGACCUAAUGACGAAGAUAACGGGCCACCGUAGGGGAGGGAGGCUCUCGAUGGCAUUGGGAGGCGUUCUAUUAUUUUCGUCUACAAAAGAGAAAUAUAAAAUUCCUUUGAAGCAUCGUUCGAGCAUCGUCAGCAAAAGCGAGCAAGAGAGAAAAAAAAAAUAAAAAGAGAAGAGAAAGGGCCGCUUUCAGAAGGAAACUUCUCUUCUUCUUGUAUUUUUGAAGAUCACCUCCUUCUUCCCCCGUCAUUCUGCACACGCCCCGGGGGUUUUGGGAGGUGCCGAAACAAUCUACUUGGAGAGGCGUGUCGUGGGGCCAGGUUCUUCGAAUGCUCAUCAAUACACAUUACUUCGGCCUUAAUUUCAAAGGAAUAGAAUGAUGCA